ACCGCCGCACACCCCUUCGUCUUCCCCAACACGACCAACACCACCGGCGGCCACGCUAUAAUCCGCAACUCCUGCGCCUACCCGCUCUACCUCUGGUCCGUCGGUGCCAGCAUCUCCCCGCAAUACACCCUCCCCGCCUACCACUCCUACCGCGAGCCUUUCCGUCACGACGCUGUGUCCGGCGGCGUUGCUUUGAAGGUAACAACCGCGCCAAAUGGGCUGUUUACCGGGAAGCCGCAGACGAUUUUCGCGUACAAUUUGAAUGUGAAUGCGAGUUCUGUGUGGUAUGACUUGAGCGAUGUUUUUGGGGACCCGUUUGAAGGUUCUAAGGUCAAGGUUGGUGUUGUUUCGGGCAGGGGUGGGAAGACGAGUGUUGAGGAGGGGUUGAGGUGGGAGGAUGGGGUGCCGCCGAGGGGGAGUCAGGUUAGGGUUGCGGGUGCGAGGGAGGAUUUGAGCGUUGAGUUUUGUUGA